CUUUUCCCCUCCAGCUGAUUUCAGAAAGAUUUUUCAACUCAGCAGUGGAGCUGGGUGUGUGUGUGUGUGUGUGAGAAAGAGAGUGUGUGUGAGAAAAGGAGAGAGGGAGAGAGAAGAGAGGAAAAGCUAGAGAGAGAGAGAGAGAGAAUGAGACAGUAAGAGACAGGGACAGACAGAAGUCAGAAUCUCAGAAGAGAUCACAGAGCUCAGCGCAUCCUGUCAAAAGAAAAGUGACAGACAGGGAGAAGAGGAAUAGGUGGGUCAUGCAGACAUGACGGACAGCUGGGAAACACUUUUAAAUGUGGAGUUUUCGGGACAGGUUGCGUGCGCGUGAAAAAAAAACGGACUCACACCUGACACAUCUGUGUGCGCGGCGGAGAGCAGAAUCGGGGGCACGCACUGGGAUUAGAGAAACAGAGCGGACAGACUGAAACAGACUCCACGCAGAGAGCGGGAGAGCGAGAGAGGGAGAGGGAGAGAGAGAGAGAGACCACUGACACAGCGUCCGGUUGAACAGCAUCGGAGGAAAAACAAACUGGACGUGUGUCACCAGCACAAUCGCAAAGGCCUAAUUAGCAAAUGCACACACAGAUCUUUACAGACAUAGACACCCUCGCACACUUGUGCACACAAACAGAGACGAAUAUUUCAGCAGUAUUUCAUCUUUUGCUCCAAAUGUAAGCCACUGCGACGCCUCCAUCCCCUAGCUGUGAUGGCACAGUGUUGCCCCUCCCCUCCCAGCUCCUCUGGGGGCUGAGCCAGUCGGCCUGGUCAUGGGGAGACGGGCAACCGAUACAACGAAUCCGGUGCCAGAACUGGGCAUCCCACUGACAAGGGGGCGGAGCUGGAAGACGGGGGAAAGUGACAGAGUAGGUGGGGUGUCGUCGCAGAAAUGGGGCCCCUUGUGCAAUGUGGGAGUGCAGACCUCUCCCCAACUCCGAGCCCUGGUCUCGCUGAAGAGGAGAAAACAGCCUGGCCAAUCAGAGCACGGCGCUAGUCUGCCGGGAGCACAGGAAGGUCACGGAAGGGUCAAGCCUGAGAUUACGAGAGCAGUGCACACUGGGAGGCUAACUUCUUGCGAUACAGGCACUGCCGUCACAAAGGAAAUCUCUCAGAACGCAGCCAAUAGCAUUUCUCAGGGCUUGGGCCAGGGAGAUGUAGGGGGCGAGGUUUAUUGCCAUGUUAAAGUAAAAAGGACCAGUCCCAACCAAUCAGGUGGCAGGACUAGCAGUCAGCCAACAGGGAAGCGGAACAUCCGCUACGUCAAUGGCAGCGUGGUUGCUCCAGAGGUGGUGGGUGGGGUGUGCAGCGAAGACACGGAAGGGGCGGAGCCAGGGCAGAGCAGGACCCUAUUGGAGAAGACGAUGAGCCUCAGAGAGCAAGCGUGUACGCAGGUGGGAGGGCGUUCGGGGAGUUUGGAGUCUCAGCCCAGCCCCCGGCCCUGUCGAAUGACCCCCCGGAUCUGCACCCACUGUGGGCGGAAACAGCAGCCGCAGGCCCCGCCCUGCAUGGCCCCGGCCUGCCGCAGGAGGGCGGCCCAGCUGAGGGGGAGUAUGACUCUCCCCGCCCCCAGCUCAAAAAACGGAACCCGCUCUGAGGAAGCUAAGUUUCCCCCGGCAGCCCCUAUACACACCCUGCCCAAAGCCACGCCCCCCGGCUGCGCUACACACGCAGAACCGAAACCCACCCUUCCUGACCUGCCUACACACACACAACAUAAACAUGCCUCUCCUGACAACUCCACCUACACGGAACCUGCAAUUAUUGCAUAUGACCAGCCUACAUACGCAGAACCCAAACUUGCCUCUUCUGACCACUCUACAAACACAGACCCUGUACCUUCUCAACCCACAAUACCACCUGAUCCACAAACACCUGCCCAAAAACGUUCCUCUUCGCAGUCGGAAUACUCACACGCACCGAGUGCCAAAACCUUUCCCCCAGACUACCACCCUCACCACACAGGCCUGCCUCCGUCCCCCUCUCCGAAAUGCAACGGGGUGCCCAAGGGCCUCCAGGACCGCCUGCUGACCGUGGAGGAGAGUCUGCUGUCCAACCAGGAGAAGAUUAAAGUCCUGCUAAAUGUCAUCCAGGAUCUGGAGAGAAGCAGGGCUCUGAGCGAGGGACGGCGUUCCUACAGGACAGGGCAGGAUCUGAACAACUGUACCACCUGCCAGAAGACAGCCUGUAUCAUCUACAGUGUGGAACACGACUUCCGACAGCAGGAGGGGCGCUUCCAGGGGGUUUUGGACACUCUGGAGGGGGAUUAUGACACUCCUCUGCCUGCUCUGCCUCCCCCCUCACGCCCAUCCUCCAACACUAAGAACAAAGUUAAGAAACUGCGCAAGAAAUGCUUCUGGUGGCUAUAAGGACACAUUUAAAUGAGAAGAUCUCUGGCCAGCUGCUGUCAAAAUGAGAACACUACAGCGUGUCGUCACCUAAGAGACACUACAUCCUGAUGUCACCUCGGUUAACUAUGGACGGGUGUGGCCAAGGAGACACUACAGCCAACUGUCACCUAGGAGACACUAUAGCCAGGCGUGAUCAAUGAGACGCUAAAGCCAGCUGUCACCUAGGAUACAGUACAGCAAGAAGACACAAGAACCCACUGUCAGUCACCAAGGAGACACUACAGACAGCAAUUGUCAUGGGACUACUAUAGCCUUGUCAAUAUUGAAAUGCUUCUGCCAACAGUUACCAUGGUGUUGAAAGACACAGAGGCAUAGGGAGAGGCUGCUGAAACAGUAUAUGGUUGUGGGAGAUGAAGUGUUGCGUAGACUAGAGACUGUGCUGAGAUCACACGGCACACUGUCUCAGAGGAUAGAGGGAGAGGCACUGAAACCUGCCUGCGUCUUCUGUUUGUAAUUAUACUGCAUUUUUCAAAGUGUUCCCAGUCCGAACCGAAUAAUUCAUCAGAACUCAUCAGCGAGCAUUGUGACAAUGUUGGGACACUAGAACAAUGUUAUGCCAGUGAGGCCAUGUUUCAUCUCCGUGAGGAGAGAGACUUGGAUGUUUCUUCUUUCUUCCUGGAGCAUUGUCCCUCAUCUUGUUUGCAACGGGAUGAGAUCGUUGCCAUUUUGUAAAUGGAAUUAGGGAGGCAGUGAUAAUGACCGGGCUCUUCCACACGCUGACAGACUGAAUGUCACCAGCUGCGUUCUCUGGACCUACAUCUAAAUCAUGUACACCUCUUUCCCAGCAGCGCAAAUCGCAGUAAGACCGCCUCACUCAAAAGUCACAGGCACAUAAAACGGCGCUUUGCUUCACUGGAGUGCUAAAUUAGGACCACAGCUAACAAAUCACAUGCGCGGUGCCUGACAUUCAGGCUAUCUGCGUAGCUGGUUUUGUCCUGCAAAUAAACUGACACCAUUCCUAAGACCAGUCUGGAGCCGCGCCCUCAAAGCACCAUUCCACCAAUCAGAGUACAGAAGAGGACAACCAGUGAACAGCAUGCUUAAAGUACAUUUACCAGGCUAAUAGAGUAUGUACACUAACACAGUAAAUGCAUAUUAAAAAAGAGAAAGCACAUCUAGACUCUACAUGAACUAUCAGUCUCUUUUCCAUCCCAUCAAUAUCCACACAUGCAGCCAGACAGAGAGGUCCACGUGUUUUUAUAGAAAGGGCUAUUGAGCCUGUCAUGCCAUUUUUUUCAGUUGUUUGUAAAUAAUAUAAUGAAAUCAAAUAAAGUCGAUAUUUUCAA